UUUAUUAUUAUAUUAUACUACACGUUAGAAUGAUCAGUUAUAUUAUGUUAAAAUAAUAAAUGCGUGGAAAGUUAGUCCAUUGGAGUUUAAUCGAUAAAAAUGUCUUGUCAUUAAAUAACAGAAGAGAUGAUUAAUUAAGCCAAUGACGUAACAGCACCCUCUGUCCGUUCAGUAACAAAGACACGAAGAUGUCUCACUCCGGUUGUUUCUCACGGUACGGAAGUGGUGAUUACAAAACCACACAAAAACAUAUAACCAUUCUUCAACACAUCACAGACUAAUGCAAUGAUACUAUAUACAAAUUUAAUUUAGAAAAUUCUGAUUAUUUAGAUAAAAAAAAUACUUGACGGUUGUCUGACUGGGGUUUUGAAUACUGAAUCCACAUCUACUGGAAGUUCCGUUGAGGUAACUCCCAGUUAAGGCCCCUGGUGUCCACUGAAGAACACACAGUAAAGUCCUUGCCUAGUCUAAGUCACAAGACAUAAUUAUGAACCAAUUUUGUUGGCAAGUUGAUAGAAUUUUAAAUCUAAAUUCAAAUAAAGUCAAACGGAAUCUGAGUUGUCAGGAGUUUAGUUUGAGUCACAGAAAAAAAGUCCACACCUGUGUAUUAACAGGCCAAGUCAACAAAGAAAAUAUUCUUUGUAUUCUUCAGGGUUUCAGUUGGCAGACACAUAUUCACAUUCCAAAGUGAAUCCACAGAAUAUUUAGUGAGAUACUUAAAAAAAACCCAGGGUUCAAAUAAUAUGUAUUGGUCCAUAUAUAUAUCCAGCCAGAAGUCUUCAAGGUCAAAAUCACCAAGUCCACAAUUUAUGACUGCUUGAUUCCAACUUGGUUCACCAGCCAUAGGCUAGAUUACCACAACACAUUAUUUGGAAAAUAUGACGUCACAUGUGUUUAAUAUGCAGCCCCCGUUCAAUGAACAUCCUGCAGAAUAUUUAUUCACCGAGUGCCGCAUGUUCCCGUCAGAAACGAUCUCCGUCCUCCGCCCCAGCCUCAGCACCACUGCAUCGUGAUUGGCUGCUGUAUCCGCAUUUAUAAUAAAGACACGGCGGAAAGACGAAGGGAUGAGGUUGUCGUGAGAUAUUUUUAUGAAACAAAUCCCUGCUCACUAGGACAUUGUUUUCUUUUACUCCUGCUCCGUUAUGUCUGUAAGCCUCCUGUGGCCAUGGCCGCUCUUGAUCGCCUCCUGCCGUUGUUGUUGAUCAGCUGCCUGCUCCUAGAUGGAGCAGCGAGGGCCGCAGCGGCGGAGAAGGAGGAGGUGGAGAAGGAGGAGGGCGGAGGCCUGCGAGCUUCUUCGCCUGCAAACAAUGGUGUCCCGGCCGGGGACACAGGCGGUUCCUCCCCGGAGCGACCACUCAGCGACUCCUCCUCCUGGAGGACAGAAGAUCAUCAGUUUGCUCUUAAAGUCUUGGUGAGGGAUCAGGUGACCCGUCAGCCACUGUCGGGGGCUUCAGUGGACGUUUAUGUCAACCACACCCUGAGAAGCUCGGUCCAAACAAGGGCCAGAGGAGAGGUUCUGCUCUGGGUGACAUUCAGCCCAGGCCUCAGUCUGACUCUGUUGGGCAGCAUGGAAGGUUACGUGCCCUGUCCUCUGCCAUGGAGAACCAGCAAAAGACCCAUCUUCUCAUCUGUGACACUGCUACUGCUUCCUCACAGUCAAGGCAAUGUCUGGCUUUUUGACGACUCUGUGCUCAUCACUGGGAAGCUGCCUGACAGCUCAUCACAGCCGAGCGUGAAAUUUCCCAAAAAUCUUCUUGGCCCUUUGGAGAUGAGUAACGCCUCCUCAGUCACAGCGUACCUGACUGUCCCACAGCACUGCCUGGCUAAAGACUGUGGAAACUGCACCCAAGGGAUUGUCAGCAACAAAUCAGUGCUGAGGAGUGUAGACCUGAAGGCAGUCGCUGCUGUCAGUGUCCUGCUGUAUUCUGGAGAUGAGAAGCUCCAGGUCCGAGGUCCUAUACAAAUCAGUCUGCCUCUGGGUCACAACACCCACUUACGGGCAACUGACACAGUACCAGCCUGGGCCUUCAACCAAAACACUGGAGCCUGGGAAAACCAGGGUCUUGGGAUUGUGAAAAAUCUGGGAGACGGACUGGUCUGGACCUACACUGCCUCACAUUUGGGAUUCUGGUUAGCUGCACCUCUGCCUUCAAUCAGUGAUUAUCACGGCCAUGGAAGUGCUAUUGAAUUCUUAUCGUCACACACCUACCUGCUCAUUGGUGUACUGGGAGGAACACUGGUUAUCAUCAUCGUAUGUCUGUCCUUGCUGCUCUGCCACUGCAGAAGUUCUAAUCAGAAGCCCAGGAGAAGAAGGGCACGCUUUUCCAAACUCACUGCUGUCAAGAAAGACCAAACCACCUCCACCCACAUGGAGGAGGGUUUGUUGUUCCGUAUGGGAGACAACAGUCUUGCUUCAUGCAGCGUCCAGUGUGAACCAUCCUCCACACCGAGGCAUAAAGCCAACUACAACAUCUAUGUGGAGGACCCAGGGAGUCUGGCAGCCCCUCCUCUGUAUGAGAACAUUUCCUCUGAUCGAAUCAAAAGUCAUCACCCACCACACUACAUCAACAGUGACGAGGUCGCAAGGAUUCGGGACAAGUCAGAGCAAAACAGGGCCAACCUAAACACAGACAGCUUUUUUCCAGAUAAGCUGGUUCACAUUUACAACCAACCGGUGGCCAUCAUCCAGGCCCCAGAGCUGUUUGGUGCUCAGGAGCAGCAGCUGUCAGGCUGCAAGUCUGCUACUUUCCCUCGCAACGGAGGUGAGUACGACGCUCACUCUGAGCCUGCCAGUAAAGACAGCUACACCCAGACACUACCCAAAGGUGCUAACAGCACAGAGCAAACCAACACAGAUGAACCCCAGCCGCUGGAGACUCCUCCCCCGGGACAAGGCCCUAACCCUGCUGUAUGGGGACGCUACAGUAACCUCCUUGAAUCCUCUGUUUCAGUGCCUGGAACCUUGAACGAGGCAGCCGGUAUGGGGGCAUUUGGAGGCGGGCAUGUGCCGAGUGAGCUACAAGGGAUCUCAGAGCGCACCUUACUGGAGCUGACCCGGGGGAAAUCUUCAUCAUCUCACCCCAGGGCCUGGUUUGUCUCCUUAGACGGGAAGCCGGCCGCACAGGUUCGUCACUCUAUCAUUGAACUCCAAAGCCGCCACCGUCCGCCUAGCAGCAACGACACUAGCCUGGACUCAGGAGUGGAUAUGAAUGAGCCUCAGCAGAACAUACGCGAAACAGAGCGUGACAGGCCUUCAAUUAGGGCGUCCUUUCCUCAUCAUGGUCGAGGAGGGCGCUAUGGUGAAGAGCAGGACCUCAGCAGCAGUGAGAGUGGUACGACCACUACCUGUACACCUGAGGAUCCCUCACUGAGGAACAUUCUAGACGGCAGCAGUGGGGCUAUACCCAAUAUUCCCGAGGAGAGGGAUGGGAUGGACACAUCCAGCGCACAGGAAGACAGUGAGUCCAGGGGAACGCCACCUCCUCGGCGUCUGAGGAAGGUUAGGGAGAAGGCAAAGACAGAAAAGAGGAGCGCAAAACAGGUUCGGGAGGGAAGGCCUCUGACUAAGCGUAGUUAGAGAUGGGCAUAUGAUUGUGUACAACUCCAGUAUAAAGCCGUAAUCUCUCACAUUAGCUCAUACUGAAAUAUUAGGGUUGUCACUUUUUCCCCAAAACAAGUUCAAACACAUUGCACAACCUUGUCAGAGCUUAGGACAUAACAAAUAUCCCACCCCCAGUCAAUGACUCAUCAUUACAGUAAAUACAAUCAGUGACAUGCAAAACAGCUGUAGUAGUAGUAGUCUCUCUUUAAGACACAGACAUGUUAAUAGUCGGCAAGUAAUGCUUUGGUGAGAAAGUGUCAUUUUGUGAUUUCCGUUGGACCAUCAAAACCCCAACUAUGCUCUUCUUUUAGAAUCCGACACCUGUCACAUUUCUCUGUCCAGCUUGCUUGCUAACAGCAGAAACAACUUUUUGGCGACCCUUUGGUGACCCUGUCAGCAUCAUCACUAGAAACAUUUCAUUUCUAACAUGCUAGCUUCCGGUCAGGGUUAAGCUAAAGUUUGCCAGUCUUGGUGAGCAGCUUGUGCAAGCACAGAUGUAUUUUUAGUCAGUAAGGAAAUAUAGUGUUGAUAUGCUGGAAGGAUAACACCUGGGCUAAGGCAACGGAUGGCUCGAUCUGAUACUCGUUCUGAUAUUCAAAACAUCAGGGUUGAACAUCAAAAAACAAAUAUAGCCCAUCUGAGCCAAUACCUAAGCCCAACGGGGACACUAUCACCUCAUCAAGGGCAGCACGUGACAUUGUGGAGGAGAGAAGAAGGGAUCAGAUUGAUAUCGAUACCUUUAUGCUAAAGUUGCAGUAUUGGCAUCGGACGUGAAGAAGUUGUAUUGAGGCCUCCCUAGUAAAGGACCGGGUUAGCUGUAUUGCAUGUUUACAGCAAAACAACCUUGACGUUAUGUUUAACUGAUUCAUAAACAGUGUGUUAGGUUACACUAGAAACCACCCUCUGUUGGACUGCACAGCAAUUACUUCCAUUUAUAAUCCUCAAAAUGACACUAUCGCCCCCAUGAUGAACAGAUAUUCAUAUUUUACCAUGAAAAGUGACGACCCUAUUAACGCAUGGUGUAAGUGGUUAAUGAUUCCUACUGUAUUACUUUUAAUUAAAUUACAUACACUGGUUGAAGCUACUGUAUCCAAGAAUCCAUUGUGAAAUAUCAUAUUGCUGCUGUUUAGUGAGUGAUUGCAUAAUGUUUUCAUCAUGUGCUCUAAUCUAAAGAACACCAGCAAGGAUCCUUACGACGUGUUUACCUGAACAUCACAUGGUACAGAUCGGUCUGAUGGACAUCUACAGUCCAAACAAUCCUGACGGUUAUCAAUGGAGCAAAAAAACAUAUUAAUUUUGGUCAUCAUGACUUCGGUGAGGCUGUUAUCAAAAUCAACUCUACUUUGACUUCAGUGAAAUGUUCUAGCUUCAACUGCCUGUGGCUGACUCCAAAAUCUGACCCCAGUGGAUUCUGGGUUAAAACUAAUGUAUGCAGUAAAGCUAAGCUGCCAUUUUGUUACACCUGAUGUUUGAGGUUUUCAGACCUGCAAAGUUUGAGAAUGCAUGUUUCUGACCUUACUAAAAAAAGAAUGUAUGACGUAGGAUUUGUUGAGCCAGUUCUAGGUUAGUAAAUAUUGGAUAUACUAUAAUGCUGCAAAACAGCUUUCUUUCACUAGUGUCAUAGAAUCCUGCCAUAGACUCACUUUUUUUUUUUCAACUAUAACGUUUCAGCCAGUGCCUUUGUUAGCUUACUUGCUUGCUAACAGAAAACAACAUGUAUAUUCUGAUAUUGGUGGGCUGAAGUGGCCUGGAUUAAGUGAGGAAAAGCUGAGGAAAUGAUAUGAUGAGUCAGUAGAACCAAAAAUGGUCUACUUUUCAACCAUGUUAGUGUCAUGUUUAUCCAAUUAGGAGUUAGCUUCUGUGAUAACCAUAAAAAACAACGUGUGCUAGAUUAUUGAGUUGUUUCUGGGAUGUCUGCCUUUUUUAUACCAUGAACCAUGAGGUAAAUUAUUGUUAACCUACAACCAGGACAUGGCCGUCAGGCAGAACUGUACAUUUGAUUAGCUCUAGUGUAGCAAUGGAGUGUGUGUGUGAACAUACAGUAGAAAACAUUUGGUUUAGCUUUAGCAUGUCAAGAUGCUAACAGUAGCAUUUAUCACCAUUUUGCCUAAGUUUGGCUUCAGAGCUGCUGCGUAGCUGUAGACUUUGAUUCUUUCUUGGGUUUUAGAUCAUUUGUCAAUAAAACUAGCAUCAAUAGGAUUCAAAUUUUAAACAAAUUAUCUGAUUAUAUCACAUUGUAGGUACAGGAUCUGGGUACAAUGUUUUCUUUAGCAAUAUUAAAAAAAAUACCAAGUCUACAGCAGCACUUGUAAAUAUUUAGUCUUCCUUCGUCAUACUACUGUAAAGCUUUCAUUUAUUUUAUUCUGUCAUUUUUAAAAGCCUUGAUUCUGUAGCUUCAUUUAAAUCACAUUUUUAUAUGUGCUGUAUAUAGUCAAAUUCUUUUGUGAUUAAAUGAGUGGUUUUAUUCAGUUAGGACGUUUGAUACGUAGAUAUGUCUGAAUGUGCAUAGUUUGAGGAAUGACACUCAUUUAAGAUGAAUUAAGGUGCGAAGACCAGUUGAGUGUGUAGUUGAAUCCUUCAGUUAGCUAUCAAACGAAUGUGCUGUUCCAGCUGUGCAUCACAGCUCUGUUCAUCUUUGACUUGCAUCGAUCCCGACUGCCAUCUGUGUGAACAUGCUGAAUGUGUUUGUAUCGAUCUUGACGUGUGCUUCUCUUGUUUGUAGACAUUAAAACUCCUGGGUUUGUUUCUUUCCAGGUGGUUCACCUCAUGUUUACUCUCCAUUUUAAUGGAAAUUCUAUUAUUCUCGCCAUUUUUGUGAACUUAUUUAAUAAACUAAUUAAUAUCAAUUCUAUUAUUUGCAUUUCAUUUCAAAUAAACUCUUCCUAUGCAGAGCAGAGUUGAAAAGAAGCAGGUCUCCCCAGUCCCCAGUUGGCAGUGGUGACUGGCCAAUAGAGGGUGCUAUUUUUAUAGAAUUUUCAAAAGAAUAAUCAAGGUUUAUUUAUUCCAUAUGUUAAUGGGAUUGAAAAGAAGACGUCAUUAAGACUGUAUCAAUGAUAUCACUGCUAUCCACAGCCACAUCAGUGCUGCUCAGCCAAUACCAGCAGGAGUGACGGGCUGUUCAAAUGUAUACACUUGGAGACCUGCUUUACUGCAUUUGGCAGAUCAGCCUAGUCAAGACCAACCCCUGUACAAGCAUUUCCCAGUGUCUACUGACAAACAACGUUAUCUGCAACCUUUUCCAAUAGUGAAAAUUAAUGAAAAAAGAUUUUCCUGUUUUUUCCCCCUCCUUUUAUACCUACACUUUUCCAGCCUGUCACUCUUGACCUUUUCAUUUUUGUCCAUUAUAAACACGAUUUAAAAAAUAUUAUAGGCAAACGCUAGCAAUAAAUGCAAAAAGGUUUGCAAUGAACAAUCAACAUCUACAUUUGCUGCCACACAAAUGAUCACAUUUGC